AAUCAAUUGAUCUGUGAUUUGAAAGAUUCCAGAGAUUCUUGUAUUAAAACUAAUUAUUUGUGAUGUCUUUGCAUUGGUUCCGGAGGAAUGCCUUUCGAUGCGGUUUCAUUCGCCAAGGAUUUCAUUGCCGGCGGUGUGUCGGCCGCCGUCUCCAAGACAGUGGUGGCGCCCAUCGAAAGAGUGAAACUUCUUCUUCAGGUCCAACACGCGUCCAAACAGAUCGAGGAAAGCAAGCGAUACAAAGAUAAUGAGGCGAUGACUGACGGGUUGUUUCUGAGGACAGGUAUUAUCGACGCCUUUGUGCGCAUCCCUAAAGAGCAGGGAGUCGUCGCCUACUGGAGAGGAAACCUCGCGAAUGUGAUCCGAUAUUUCCCGACUCAGGCGUUGAACUUCGCCUUCAAAGACAAAUACAAACAGAUCUUCUUGGGAGGGGUCGACAAAAAGACCCAAUUCUGGCGAUACUUUGCUGGAAACUUGGCGUCCGGUGGAGCAGCCGGUGCCACAUCCCUGUGCUUUGUCUACCCCUUGGACUUCGCCCGAACCCGAUUGGGUGCAGACGUCGGUAAAUCCGGAUCCGAAAGACAAUUCACGGGUUUGAUUGACUGUUUGGUGAAAGUCUAUAAAUCGGACGGAUAUUUCGGUCUCUACCGUGGAUUCGGUGUCUCUGUUGGAGGUAUAAUCAUCUAUAGGGCGGCAUACUUUGGAAUGUUCGACACCGCGAAGGGUAUGCUUCCGAAUCCUCAGACCACUCCGCUUUUGAUCUCGUGGGCCAUCGCACAGACAGUGACCACAAUAUCGGGUAUAGUCUCCUAUCCCUUCGACACUGUGAGACGUCGAAUGAUGAUGCAGUCGGGACUGGCAGCCAAUGAGCGCAUGUAUAGGAAUACCUUCGAUUGUUGGGCUAAAAUCGCGAGAACCGAGGGACCGAAGGCCUUCUUCAGGGGCGCCCUCUCUAACGUCUUCCGCAGUACUGGCGGUGCACUGGUUCUCGUCUUCUAUGAUGAGGUCAAAAAGCUUUUAGGAUAACCUUUUCACCUAUAAUACAAUACUUUCGUC